AUAUUGCGAAAGACACUGACAGAUGACAAACCGAUUAUUGUCCCUGUUUUGUUAACAAGUCAGUGUUGUGUUUGUUCUUGUUUGUGAUUAAUAAAAAAAUAGUCCUCGCUUUGGGUUAGUAAAGCACUAUGGCCGAGAUCAGUUCAUCAACCAAAUCGUCAUCGUCAGACGAUGGCGACUGGAACUGCGAAGAGUGUGGUAACCUCAACUUUGCCAGACGAAGCACGUGCAACAGAUGCCAGAAGGGCAAAGCCCCAAGUGCGGCUCGGAAACGAAAGCUGGGCACCGAAAUCGGCAAAGCGGCCGCUGAGAAAAGCCGAGGGCUUUUCAGUGCCGACGACUGGCAGUGUAACAAAUGCGGCAAUGUGAACUGGGCUCGUCGCCAACAGUGCAACGUUUGCAAUGCCCCGAAAUUCGGAGAAGUUGAGGAACGAACUGGAUUUGGUGGAGGAUACAACGACCGGGGGAUAGUGGAGUAUAAAGAACGCGAAGCGUCCGACGAUGAGUUUGAUGAGUUCGGUCGACGAAGGAAGAGGAGAGGCAGCAGUUACGCGACCAGCAACAGCAGUAAGGACGGUGAUAAGGAAAAGGAUGAGGAGCGCCAAGUUGAGGAGGACGAUGAAGAGGAGGAUGAGGAUGAUGAUGGGGAUUUGUCAAAGUACGAUCUAUCAGAUUGGGGAGAUCUGAAGCCAGAGGCCGGCAAGGACACGAAACCUAAGGCCGCUUCCUCGAACUAAGAUCCUGAACUUAAUGUUAACUAAUCAAGGUACAUAAAUUUCCAAUCCCCAAUCAAAAGCAGACAUUUGCGUUAUUAUACCGGUGUGUGGAAUUUAUCAGACAAAACACUUUUUUGAACAAAUUUCUUCAUAAAUGUCUAGAGCAAUUUACGCACUAAACAUCGAUAGCUACAGUAAAACCAGAAUAACCAUAAUUUGCUGAUGGUUGAAAUUGCAUGUACUGAACCGAUUUUUGGGGGGUAUUUAAACUACUGUGAUCUCACAAGCAACUGGUUACAUAACCGUAUAACUAGCAAAUGUUUUGUUAUUUAUUAAUAUUUCCGAUCUUAGUGUACAGUUCAAUAGUUGCUGCUUCCCUCCUUGAUUGCCCGGUUAUUUCAUUGUUUAUGUGUCUAGUACUUUUUACAUUGAACAAUUGUUUCUAUAUUGUGUUUGUUAUUGUGCGAACUUGAUAAAUUGCUAUCAAUUGACUUGUUUAAUUCUUUAAAACUGUGCUGUGAAUUUAGCAGUUGGCUGUAGGAGUUUUUAUAAUGUUCUCUUGCUGUUAAUGAAUAAUCUAGAUGUGCGUUAGGCUUUUAGCAACUGUAUAAUUAGGCUACUUGCCUCUUACCUUAAAUCUUUACAUUCGCCAAAUCGUCUAACAGUUAAUUGUAGCCGCUCUGAUUUUUAACAAUACAUUUAUUCAGUAGUGAUUUAUGUAGUAGUUAAUAAACGAAGCACGGGAUUUUAAUCUAUGUAUUGGGUUUUUAGACAAAUAAAGGCCUUAAUAUACGCA